GUGGCUGAAAUUUUCAGAACGGAAUCUAAACGUGUCGGAAGACACAGAUACUGCGGUUGAUACAAUCAUAAAUAUAGCUGACCACUUGCUUUCAUCAAGCAACAUUCCUUUGAUGAACAUUAUUCUGUGACACACAAAGUGAUUCAUGUCAAAGAUGAUGGGUUUACUAGGAGGAACCAAGAAGCCACAUGCUGUUCUGAUCCCAUUUCCAUCACAAGGUCACAUAAACCCAUUUCUCAAACUAGCAAAGCUCCUCCACAGCAACGGCUUCCACAUAACCUUUGUCAACACUGACUUCAAUCACCAACGCCUCGUCAAGUCUAGAGGCCCUAAUGCCCUCAUUGGCUUCCCAAAUUUCCAAUUUGAGACCAUUCCUGAUGGUCUCCCUCCCUCCAACAUGGAUUCAACUCAAAGCAUCCCAGCUCUUUGUGACUCUACCAGAAAGCAUUGUUUGAUCCCAUUCUGCAACCUUAUCUCAAAACUUAAUCACUCUCAUGCCCCUCCAGUUACUUGCAUUUUCUCAGAUGGUGUCAUGUCCUUCACAAUCAAAGCUUCUCAGCAGUUUGGGCUACCCAACAUACUCUUUUGGACUCACAGUGCUUGUGCCUUCAUGAGCUUCAAGGAAUGCAAGAAUCUCAUGGAGAGAGGCCUAAUACCACUUAAAGAUGCAAACUAUUUGACAAAUGGGCAUUUAGACUCUGCCAUAGACUGGAUUCCUGGCUUGAAGAACAUCACUCUAAGGGACCUUCCUGGCAUCUAUCGUACCACAGAUCCAAAUGAUAUACUUUUGGACUUUUUGGUGGAACAAAUUGAAGCAACUUCAAAAGCUUCGGCUAUUAUUCUGCCCACAUUUGAUGCCUUGGAGCAUGAUGUGCUGAAUGCACUCUCCACAAUGUUUCCUAAACUUUACACCAUAGGCCCACUGGAGUUGCUCCUUGUUCAAACUUCAGAGAGUACAUUUGACUCUAUUAAGUGUAAUUUGUGGAAGGAAGAGUCCGAGUGUCUCAAAUGGUUGGAUUCACAGGAACCCAAUUCGGUUCUCUAUGUGAAUUUUGGCAGUGUUAUAGUCAUGAGACACCAACAACUAGUUGAAUUGGCCUGGGGCCUAGCAAAUAGCAAGAAAAAGUUCAUGUGGGUGAUUAGGCCUGAUUUAGUUGAGGGUGAGGCCUCAAUUUUGCCACCAGAAAUUGUAGAAGAAACCAAAGACAGAGGCCUAUUGGUGGGUUGGUGUCCUCAAGAGCAAGUUUUGAAGCACCCAGCAGUGGCUGGGUUUUUGACUCACUGUGGUUGGAAUUCCACGCUUGAAAGCAUAACCAACGGGGUGCCUCUGAUCUGUUGUCCCUUUUUCAAUGACCAAACUCUCAAUUGCAGGUAUAUCUCUCGUGAAUGGGCUUUUGGCAUGGAGAUGGAUAGUGAUAAUGUUACAAGGGCUGAAGUGGAAAAGCUUGUGAAGGAGUUAUUAGAGGGUGAGAAGGGUAAAGAGAUGAAGAAAAAAGCAAUUGAGUGGAAGAAAUUGGCACAAGAAGCUACCCACACUAAUGGUUCUUCCUUUUUGAAUUUGGAAAAACUGGUGAAUGAAUUGUUGUUUGUCAAGAGUUAGGCUACAAGAAAAUAAGUUCACAUUAGUUAGUUUCCAUAUUACUAAGUUGAUAUUCAGAUAUUGUUUGUAAUGCUAUCAUCUAAAUGUGAUUUGAAGUAGUUUCCCUAUGGUGUUAAUGUGGGAUUCAAUAUUACUAUUAUUUAUUUCUCGUUGAUGCUA